AUGGUGCUGCUACUGGAGCGAAGCGGCUGCGGCUGCACUCUCAAGACUGGCACCAUCGUCAUCGGUGUCCUGCAAGCGGGCCAGCGCGGCCUGUGCGCGGCGCUGAGCGUGGCCGGCGCGCUGCAGCUGGUGCUGAGCGUGCUGCUGCUGUACGGCGCCGACUACGAGAACCCGCGCCUCGUCAAGCCCUGGGUGCUCUUCUCCAUGGUGCUCACCAGCGCCAUCGUCGCCGUCUACUUCGGCCUCGCCGUGCUCACCUUCGCGCUCGGCGGCCACCGCAAGGUCGGCUACGCCAUCCUUGUCGGCAUCCUCGGCACCACCGCGCUGAGCACGUACUUCAUCCUGGUGGUGUACAGUUUCUACCGGGAGCUGGUGGAGCGGUCGGUGGUGCCGUGCAUCAUCUGAGCGGCCGCCGCCGCCGCCGCCGCCGCCGACUGGUGCUUCUUCCUUCCGUUGCUGCGUCGGUCGCCGGG